AUGCCGUGUCUGAUCGAGAUUCGUCCCGGGGCGGGAGGUGACGAGGCAGGACUAUUUGCUGCGGAGAUGCUCCGCAUGUAUACAUCGUUCUGCUCCAGCCGAGGCUUGAGAACUACAAUCAUAAAAAUGGAGGCAGAGGACGGAGUCGGUGCGGGCGCGGAGGAGCGUCUGUCUGAAGUGGUGAUGGAAGUCGAAACCCCUGGGAGCUAUAACAUACUACGGACUGAGGCAGGAGUGCAUCGUGUUCAGCGAGUGCCGGCCACAGAGGCAAAGGGGCGAACCCAUACAAGUGCCGUUAGCGUUAUGAUAUUGCCCAGUUUCCCUGAGAACAACCAAGAAGACAGCCCCCUGAACUUUGAUGAUCCGAAUUCAGAUUACUACGUCAACCCCCAAGAUGUGCAAUCUGAGAAAUUCCGAGCCAGUGGUGCUGGUGGCCAGCAUGUCAACAAGACUGAGUCCGCAGUGCGGCUCACACAUAUUCCUACGGGAACAGUCAUCUCUAUGCAGGACUCCCGUUCCCAGCAUGAGAAUCGCAGGAAGGCCUGGCUGUUGCUCAGAGCCAAGUUAGCCCAAGCCAGGAGAGAGGCGAGAGAGCAGGAAAUGAUGGAACUACGUCGUGGUGCCAUGGGCGGCGUCAACAAGACUGGCAGAGGAGAUAAGAUCCGUACAUAUAAUUUCACACAGAGUCGAUGUACAGACCACCGGAGCGGCAUGACGGUACAUAAUAUUGGUAAGGUCAUGGAUGGAGGUGAGAACCUUGAAAAGAUCAUGGAGAGCGUUCAGAGCUGGCUUGUAGACCAGGAAGUCGAGGCCCUUUGCCUUGAGCAGCAAGCUGCCACUGCUGAAGGUAAGUCGCCUCGCAAAGCGACUGCUUGA